AUGGCCGCUGUCAGGCAGCAGGUGUUGAACUGGCUGUACAGCGUCUUAACAAGCGAAUACACAGAUGUCAACCGGACGUAUAACGAUGUAGCGCAGACGCUCUCGCAUUACUCUUCGCUAUCCUCACGAACUGAUGUUUACACUUACGAGGAUGGGACUUCUGCGCUCCUACUCGUUCUUUCUGGCACGCUCCCAGUCAAUUUCCGAGGCACAACCUACCGAUUUCCGAUAGCAUUAUGGGUGCCACAUGGAUAUCCACACGAGGCGCCGAUGGUAUAUGUUACGCCAACGGAGGGCAUGAUGGUGAGGCCGGGCCAACAUGUUGAUCCGCAAGGCAAGGUCUAUCAUCCAUACCUCGUGGGGUGGGCGGAGUUUUGGGAUAAAUCUAAUAUUCUGGAUUUUUUGGCUAUAUUACGAGAUAUAUUUGCCAAAGAACCUCCAGUUGUCGCGCGGCAACAGCAAAAUGCACCUCGACCUCAACCAUCGCCCGCGCCUGCCCCCCCGCCUGUGCCCCCGCUUCCUCCAGGAAUCGGCCGUCCUCAGUCUGGAGCUCUCAAUCAAAAUGAACAACCUCAACCACCACCACCACCUCCUCCCCCGAAGCCUACAGCUAUUCCUCCCUCAUCUACGGCUAGAUCCCCACCAAGUCGAGAAAGUGGACCCCCUCUACCACCACUACCUACACAACAAACAUACGAUGCUGGACGGUAUGCUGGCCAGCCACUACCGCCAUCAAGGGGCUAUUCACAUGCUCCACAACGAAGUAGUAGUCUCAGAUACGAAAGUGUGCCUCCUUUACCUCUACCACCAAGGCAGCCCGGCAGGACUGAAUCCUCAGAUAGCCCUGUCAGCCCUAUUACACCGCCGGAAGUUCCUCAACGGCAACCUCCGUACUCUCAAUCAUACCAGCAACCCCAACAGACUCACUAUACCUCAAAUCCAAUUUCACAAGCUGGUUUAACUCAGGCUCGACCACCGCCUUCCUAUACCCAGCAACAGCCACCUUACCCCGGCCCACCAGCGCAAUUCCAACAAUUCCCCCAAGGUCCUCAACCGCAACCGCAACCGCGGCCAAAACCUCCACCCCCUCCAGAUCUCAUAGAUGCACCCUUAAUACUCUCCACCCCAUCCGAGGCAUCCACCAACCUCCCCGCACCACCCAUCCCACCAAACCCAGAAAAAGACAUGCUCCUCCACAACAUCGGACGAGCACUCUACUCCCAACGGCAACACACUCGUCAACAAACAACAUCCAGUCUCCCGGGCCUAGAAUCCCAGCACAAAGCCAUGCUCCAAGCCCUGUCAAACAUGCAGGCGGAGGUUCAGGCUCUAGAAUCUCUAAACGAGCUCUUGCAGAGCAAUGCGACCAUUUCACACACCGCACUCCACGACGCAGAUGCAGUGAUAGAAUCAAGCCAACAUCGGACAGCUCCCAGUGUGGACGAGCUUCUAGUAGCUCCUACUGUGGUCGGGAACCAGCUUUAUGAACUGGUGAGUGAGGAGAGAGCACUGGGAGAUGCAUUGUUUGUGCUUGGGAGAGCUGUGGAGAGAGGUAGGAUUACGCCGGCCACAUUUGUGAAGACGACGAGGAGUCUGGCAAGGGAGUGGUAUCUAAAGAAGGCGCUGGCGAAGAAGAUUGCUCGAGGUAUGGGCUUGGCUACUUAUUGA